CAUACUCUAAAAAUCAAGAAUUUCUUGUAAAAAUUUAUGCAAAAAUUUAUGAUUUUCAUUCUCAUAUUCACACCUGAAAAACCCUGAUUUAAACUUUGUUUAGGAUUAAAUUACCUGUUAUUAUAACAAUAAAAACCAAGCUCUAAAAAUUUAUCAUUUUCAGUCUCAUAUUCACACCUGAAUUAAACUUUUUUAAGAUUAAUUUUGUAGUUUUAAUCUCAAAAUCUACCCUUUUAUGAUCUUGCUUUAAAAUUACUUCCUUUUACAGCAUAAAGCAACAAUUUUUUACAUGUACAGAAAAGGAAGAGUGAAAAGAGGGAAAUUGGUUGGUGGGUCUUUGGAUUCUUACCAUUUUCACAAAUUUUGUGAGCUUUUUGUCCUGCAGAAAUACAAUAAAAUGGGUUCUGUAUUUGACAUUUUGUGGGGUUUUUCUGUGCUUUUUCUCAAUCAACAGUAUCUGUUUGUAAUAUGAAAGCUAAACCUUGGAGGAAGAACCAGGGUCUCGGAAGUAGAGGCAGAUUGAAGAAGAUGAUGAAGUGCAUUUUCUUAGGGAAACAAGUGAGAGCAGAUGAAGCAGUUGAAUCAUCAGAGUCAUCCUUAGCUACGCGGGAUUAUUCAGCUAGUUAUUCAGGGCGUGCUGGUGAGGCUGAACCAAAGACAAACACGAGCACCAUUGAAGAAGCUGAAACAUCUCUUCGUGAAAGUGGUUACUUGAAUUAUGAGGAAGCCAGAGCAUUGUUAGGAAGGCUUGAGUACCAGAAGGGAAACAUAGAAGCUGCGUUCCGUGUCUUCGAAGGCAUUGACAUUGAUGCAGUUGCACCUAAUAUUAAAGUUUCGUUAGCCAGAAGAUCUGAGCCACAACGACUCGAUCCACAGAGUGGUGCAGUGCUACCCAUGUCAAUGCAUGCUGUUAAUCUACUUUUUGAAGCAAUUUUUCUCAAAGCAAAGUCAUUGCAAACUCUUGGAAGAUCUGAAGAAGCUGCUCAAUCAUGCCAGGUGAUUGUGGACACUGUUGAAUCUGCAAUACCAGAGGGUUUGAAUGGAAGGUUUUCCACCAACUGGAAAAUGCAGGAGACACUGAAUAAAGCAGUUGAAUUGCUGCCUGAGUUGUGGAAACUUGCUGGCGCUCCCCAUAAAGCCAUUUCAUCAUAUCGACAUGCAUUACUCUAUGGUUGGAAUCUUGAACUGGGAACUCGAGCAAGGAUUGAGAAAGAAUUUGCAGUAUAUCUCUUGUACAGCGGUAUUGAUGCAAGUCCCCCAACACUCCGUUUCCAAGUGGAAGGAGCAUAUAUCCCUAGUAACAAUGUAGAAGAGGCGAUUCUUCUUUUGUUGCUCGUGCUGAAGCAAUUUUUUCAGAGAAGGAUCGAUUGGGACCCAUUAAUCAUGGAUCAUCUUUCCUUUGCGCUAUCUAUGUCAGGAGAUUUCAGGACCUUAGCCAGCCAAUUAGAAGAACUACCUGAAGGUAUCAUAGACAGGAAAGAAAGAUAUAGCACUCUAGCUCUUUGUUAUCAUGGAGAAGGUGAAGAUCAGGUUAGUUUGAACCUACUGAGGAAUCUUCUUCAGGACCGAGAAAUUCAGAGCUGCACGCAUGAGCUAUUACUUGCAUCAAAAAUCUGUGCUGAAAACACAAAUUACUCUGAAGAAGGGAUCAGUUAUUCUCAUAAAGCGAUCAAGAGCCUGGAAGGAGAAUGCGAAGAACUGGCUUGUAAAGCUACCUGCUUGUUAGGUAUAUUAUCCUCAGCGCAAUCUAGAUUGGUUAUUUCUGAUUCCAAGAGGGUACGUAUGCAAUCUGAAGCGCUAGACCUGUUGGGAACCACUGAAAAACUGACGAAAGGAACAGACGCAAACGCUAUAUACCAUCUUGCCCUAGAAAAUGCUGAGCAGAGGAAGUUGGAUACUGCACUCUCAUGUGCAAAAAAACUGCUGAAACUUGAGGCUGGUUCAAGUACUGCUGGGUGGGUUCUUCUGGCUCGAAUACUGUCUGCUCAGAAGCGUUACCUUGAUGCGGAAACUAUUGUCAAUGCUGCUAUGGAACAGACUGGGAAGUGGGAACAUGCUGAAUUACUAAGGACUAGAGCUAAACUUCAUAUUGCUCAGGGGAAAACUAAAACUGCAAUAGAGACAUAUACCCAUCUUCUUGCAGUUCUUCAAGUUCGUAAGAAGAGCUAUGGCUUUGGGAAAAGGCAUUUAGAGAGGAAGGAUCGAGAUAAAAUAUUGGAGAUGGAGACAUGGCAUGACCUUGCCAACAUAUAUACAAGUCUAUCACAGUGGCAAGAUGCUGAGGCCUGCCUUUCAAAAUCAGAGGCUCUAUGUCCUGAUUCUGCUUCUAGAUGUCAUUCCAGAGGUUUACUUUAUCAAGCAAAGGGUCUCGAAAAAGAAUCUCAGAAGUCCUUCUGGGAGGCGCUGGACAAGGAUCCCAACCAUGUCCCGAGCUUGAUUGCCAUGGCUAAAAUUCUUGUGCAGCUCGGAGAUGAAUCACGGCCAAUUGCCAGAAGCUUCAUCAGACAAGCAAUUCGUCUUGACAGGACUAAUUAUUCUGCAUGGCACACUCUUGGGCUGAUCCAUAGAUCUGAACCUGAAGGUGCAUCGAUGGCUGAAGCUGCUGAAUGUUUUAAGGCUGCUGCUUUUCUCGAAGAAACUGCUCCUGUUGAACCCUUCAGAUAGGUGUCCCCUUACCUCCUCAUAUUGUACAUGAGUUCUUGUAGUAGAAAAUUUCUCUAGGAACACACAGGGAUUUCUGGAGUCCGGAUUUCCUGAUAGGUAAACCCCCCUUCCCCGAAAAGAAAGAAUCAAACAUAGACCACAGAUUUAAAAUCAAACUAUCAUAAACCACAGUUUUCAAAGUCGAAUUUGCCCAAGGCUCUUACUAGUACUACAUUUCUCUGCUAUUUCGUUCUUGGUUUCAUGAUGGUGAAGAAUUAGGUUGCAAUUCGCAAUCCAUGCAUUUCA